GGGGGAAGCAGACUCCAACCCUGCGCUCUCGGGGCCUACACAGCCGGGUGGGGAAGCGACUUCACUUCCCAGGGUCUUGGCCUCUGCUGGCCCAGAGCUGCACCCCACUCCCAGGCCGAGGACAGUAGAAGAACUUGGGAUCCAGGACUCUACAACGCACGAACCAGCUCCAGAGAGGACUCAGCUCUGUGCACUCUGCUCUCUAAGGCGGGUCGCAGCUAGGCAGUGCGCCUGCGCAGAACUGCUUCCGGAUUGAGGGACUACUCUUGCGCUUUUUCCGCUUUCACCAGCUGCAGCAAGUGCUCAAGGGUGCAGACUUGCAUCCUUACCAAUGGACCUGAUUGGUUUUGGUUAUGCAGCCCUUGUGACAAUUGGGAGUGUUUUGGGAUAUAAGCGAAGAGGUGGAGUUCCAUCUCUGAUUGCUGGGCUUUCUGUUGGACUUUUGGCUGGCUACGGAGCCUACCGUGUCUCCAAUGACAGACGGGAUGUCAAAGUGUCAUUGUUUACAGCUUUCUUCCUGGCCACCAUAAUGGGUGUGAGAUUUAAGAGGUCCAAGAAAGUAAUGCCUGCUGGUCUAGUUGCAGGCUUAAGGGAAUAUUUUCAAGUUGCAUCUGGGAAGUUGGGACACAGGAAAAAUGAGUCCCCCUUGCUUCCUCUGAGAAGGGCGGUGACAGAGCCCUCAGAGCCCACAGCACAGGGACAUGACAGGGCAGUACACAGCAGGCCUGUCCAUCAGCGUGACUGUCCCUCUGUCUUCCUCUUCCUGUGACUCAGCCUCAUGAUGAUCCUGAGACUUGUGCUGCUGCUGCUGUAGCGUCUGGACAAGCUGAGAGCCAAAUGCCCAGCAUGCUAAGUGCCUGGCACGGCAGGUUCCUGCAUUGAAGUGGUCAUUUUAAAUACAUGGGAAAUGUCUUAUAUUGAAAUGAAAAUAAUGUCACUAUAAUAUUUAAAAAUCAUUGGCAAUGUUUAUUUACCCCCAAUGCCUUUUUAUUUAAUGCACAAAUUUAUUUAGAUGUUUCUGUUUGCUAAUCCUGCUCUUUAAUGCAUUGUUACUGCUCAUUCCCUUUGUCUCUUUAUAUCUGGAAAUUGGGGACUUGCAAUUUUCUGCUUUUGACAAUUCCAAACACUAUGAGUGAAAUAAGUUAAAUAAGUUAACUGCAUCCUGUCAGACAAUGGGAUUCCUGUCGUGGGCCACAGGGAGUGUUAAUGAAUUAUAAGUCACUUUGUACUUAGGGGUUUUAUUUGUAUUAUUGGGGGUGGGGCAGGUUUGCAUAGAAGGAAUUCUAUUCUCAGCACAUCAGCAUCCUGACACAAUGCACUCAGUGUUGAAAUAAAAUGCAUCUUAGUCUAA